CCGAACUAAGCUCCGUCGUCAGUGCUCUGUGCAAACGCGAAAACUUUUCCGAUUUAUGAAAUAAAUCUGUGACUGGCAUCGAUCGCGCCUUAGCAGACGCGGAUAUCUGUUGGCGCCGCUAUAUGGACCGCGUCUAACAAAGACUAGACUCCGCGGAACGCGACCGUUGCGAACUAUCCGAACUGCGAUGUAACGUCAAGUCUCUUGCUCGUGUCAGUUAAUAAGUGUUUCCUACUCAUUAGUGAUGGACCAUUCGCGUCGUGCCUUAUGUCACAUGUUUCGAGAAUUGUGAAUCGGACGCAAUUAAUUUGGAUUGUUGUACGAUAUUUAAUAUAAUAUUAGAACUGAUGCCUUGAGAUGUGUCUUUGCUUUUAGCAGUAGAAUAAUAUUGUGUGGUGCUUUGUAAUUUUUUUUAGUGUUAUCGUUAGAACUAUACAUUAUAAUUGCAAUGGUGAUAGUAAAUAUAUCGACGUGGUGCUCGUAAUAGAACUAUGGAAGGCGGUAGUGGUGUUGUAUACCGGGUUGUAGGACGAACUCGGAACAAAACUGAUUGUGGACAGCAGACGGAGAGACAGCCGCCGACGCCGCGACAGGACACCACUUGGAAGAAGUACACGGACUCCCCUGGAGUUGGAACUCCACCUUCGAAUCAGUCAGCAGCCACCCCUCCGAGUCCAUCUAACGGGCGGAAGAGCGAGCGCAGAGCUGGUCACCACUCUCCUCAGCACCAUAAGCGAGAGAAACUGACGGCGGCUCAACAACUUGGACUGGCGCCUCAUCCGCAGUACGCCCCACCCGCCGCUCCAAACCAUCAUGCUUCAAGAAGUGGAUGUCCUCAGCUCCAGUCACCGAGUGGCAGUUCUCGUCCGUCGAGUGUGUCAAGUGGAAACGGCAGUAACUCUUCGGGCAAAGCGAAGACGCCUCAAAAUUUUGGAUAUGUCAAGAGACAAAAUGGAAACCAGCCGCCAUUACUACCUGCCAACGGGCCACCACAACAUGGACAUGGUGGCCGAACUGCUCAGGUGUCAGCUGUGCCGCGGACCAAAGUUAAAGUCUCCGGCGGGACACAAACCUGCACACAGGACUUACAAAUACACAAAAAUGGCAUUGGCCCGAAAUCGUACUCCCUUCAGGGAAAUACCGCAGCUCAAUUAUCAGCAUCAGUUCGUGAACGACUUCUUGGAUCUCAAUCACUACCAAAGCCUGGAACACACGAAUUUGCUGCGCUAUUCCAUCACCACAGAAUAACACCAAGAGGCGGUAUGAAAAUAAGCGAUGGAAGUCUCUCAGAUACACAAACGUAUUCAGAAGUCAAGUCGGAUUACGGAAUACCGUACGCGCCCUGGUUACGUCACAGCAAUACAUAUUCGGCUAGCGGUCGCCUAUCGGAAGGAGAGUCAAUGGAGUCCUUAACAUCGCUGCACUCGGCUCAGACGCACAACCACACCUCGUCCCCUAACUCACACCACCGCAGUUCACUCACACAUAAUAAGCUGAUCAUGCACCGUGACGCUCAGAGCUCGAGACUUAACAGAAGCAACAGCAUUAGCUACCUCAGAGAUAGGACAUUUCCAAGAUCUACAAAAUCGGAGAAGUUAUAUCCGUCAAUGCUACAGAGGUCUUCGGAGAGUGACUAUGAGCCGUAUUAUUGCUUGCCUGUGCAAUAUGGACCAGGAGGUCAAGGUCUAAACUAUGGAGUAUCAGAGCCACCAUCACCGUCUCCAAGAUCAGCUCUGAGCCCCACCCAUCAGCCCACCAGCGUCAUACACACGCCCCGACACUCGCACCACUAUCCUAAGAAGAACGACGAUGUUCAUGGUUCCACUGCGUCGCUGGUGUCAACAGCUUCGUCGCUCGCGGCUGGUGCGGGCACCGAUGAAAGACAGGCGCAUGAGGUUCGAAAGCUGCGAAGAGAAUUAGCGGACGCGAAAGAAAAAGUUCAUACAUUGACGACGCAACUCACAACCAAUGCUCACGUCGUGUCGGCUUUCGAGCAGAGUCUUUCAAAUAUGACGCAGCGACUGCAGCAAUUAACAGCGACGGCCGAGAGAAAGGACUCCGAGCUAACAGAUCUCCGGCAAACGAUAGAACUUCUUCGUAAGCAGUCCAUACAGGCCGGUUUGACCACGGCACACAUGCAGUCGAUGGGUAUUCGAACGGAUGGUGUCAACAUGUCGGGCCAGGAAUCUACUAUUACAACUCAACAGUCAUCUCCUCAACGGAUCGCGCAAACUGGCAAUGGUGCAAUUACAAGACACCUAUCCACAGACAGUGUCUCCAGUAUAAACAGCCUUAGUAGUGGGUCAUCAGCUCCACACGACAAGAAACACAAGAAAAAAGGAUGGUUACGGUCCUCAUUCACAAAAGCGUUCUCACGGAACGCGAAGAUAUCAAAAACUGCAAAACAUUCAUCACUGGGACAGCUAUCCUCACAAGACAGCUCAUCGGGUUCCCACCACUAUGACGACCCACAUACAAUCAGAGAAGGCAGUAAUGAAAACAGUCUAGAACAUUCUCACGAAGCUAUUGACAACUCCAAAGACAAGACAACGGGCCCUGCGGCUAAAUCCGAAGAGCAAACCAAAGAAAAACCAGAUCAAUCCGGAUUAGUAGACGAAUUAAAAAGACAACUACGAGAAAAGGACUUAGUUCUAACAGAUAUCAGACUGGAAGCACUCAGUUCUGCACAUCAGCUUGAAAGUCUUAAAGAUACUGUGAUAAAGAUGAGGAACGAGAUGUUGAACUUAAAGCAAAAUAACGAGAGGCUGCAAAGACUAGUUACUUCAAGGUCGUUGGCGGGAAGUCAAAGUUCAUUGGGUACUGGUGGCUCUGCAGUUGAAGAUCCAAGAAGGUUUAGUCUUGCUGAUCAAGCAACAAUGCACCAGGCGACCUUAGAUAUGCACUCACAACCUUUAGAAUUAGACUUCAACUGUCUGACAUCGACACCACCUAGGGAUAAAAAGGGAUCACCGAAAUCGACGAUAAUGGAACCUUUAUAUGGCAAUAAAACCACGUGUGAAUUAAACGAAAACAACGAAGCGAUACUUGGAAUGAACGGUGCUAAUGAUAUAUUUACUAAUGGAAUGAAUUCCGGCGAACGAUUGAGCGGUGACUACGAUAUCAAUAGUGUACUUCCUCCACCCAAGAGUCGAGAAUUAGCAAUUGGAGAAAGCUAUUCCGAUAUUGGAGUUGCUGAUAGUCAAGGUGAUACGACGGAUGGAAAGAAAAUAGCGAUAGCUGUAUAUUUAGGACAACCCGAGACAUUCCAAAGAUAUUUCGAAGAAGUACAAGACACAAUUACUGAAUCGGAGCGUAUAUUUUAUGCAAAACAAUCUGCAAGUGCUUACAAUAAUCAUUUCGAAAAACAACCAAGCUUCGAUUCACCUCGAAUUUCACAAAACCACAGCCCUGAAAUAGAAACACAAGAAUACCCCCACAUUAACAAAUCGAACACGAACAGCCUUAAAAGUAAUAAAUCUACACAUAGUAGUUCGUAUAAACAUGUAUAUAAUUGUGAUUCGACAAUAAAUUGCAACGAGUUUACUAUAGCAUACACAUAUAUAUCGGGUAAGACAACGUGGCAGAAUUUAGAUUAUAUUGUAAGGAAAACAUUCAAAGAUUAUCUGUCGCGAAUUGAUCCCGGAACGAAUCUAGGCCUGAAUACAGAUUCAAUAACUUCGUACCAUUUGGGAGAAGCAACUCGAGGUCCUGAAAUUGGAUUUCCAGAACUACUUCCUUGUGGCUACAUUAUUGGAACUGUUAAUACUUUGUAUAUAUGUUUGCAAGGAGUUGGAAGUUUAGCGUUUGACAGCCUAAUACCAAAAAAUAUUGUUUAUAGAUAUGUUUCACUUUUAUCGGAACACCGAAGAGUGAUUCUCUGCGGACCCAGCGGAACGGGAAAAUCGUAUUUAGCUGCGAAAUUGGCUGAAUUUUACGUGCAACGCACGCAGAGGAGAGGAAAUCCUGCCGAAGCUGUAGCUAAUUUCAACGUGGAUCGUAAGUCUUGCAACGAGCUGCGCGCAUACCUCGCAAACAUCGCGGAACAAUGCGGGGCGGCUGGUGAAGAUGCGGCUUUACCUUCUGUUGUAGUAUUGGACAAUCUCCAGCACGCUUCAGCUCUAGGUGACGCCUUCGCCGGACUACUGCCCCCUGAUAAUAGAAACAUGCCCGUCAUUAUUGGCACAAUGUCCCAAGCGACGUGCAACACCACUAAUCUUCAGCUGCAUCACAACUUUAGGUGGCUUCUUACUGCUAAUCAUAUGGAACCCGUAAAAGGAUUUCUUGCCAGGUACCUACGACGAAAAUUAUUUUCACUGGAAUUGCGGUUGGGUCGCCGUGAACCAGCAUUGGCAGCGGUGCUUGAGUGGCUACCUGGAGUAUGGUCCACUCUUAACGCUUUUCUGGAAGCCCACUCCUCGAGUGACGUCACCGUCGGACCAAGGCUCUUCCUUGCCUGCCCUAUGGAUCUAGAAGCUAGCCAGGCGUGGUUCGCGGAUGUGUGGAACUACAGCAUAGUGCCGUACGCGGCGGAGGCUGUUCGGGAAGGCGUGGCGCUGUAUGGACGCCGUCGCCACGCGGCACUAGAUCCCCUCCAACACGUCAAAUCCUCUUACCCGUGGCGAGAGCCCAAUCAUUCACAUACACUUAGGCCAAUAACCGUCGAAGAUAUGAAUAUCGAAGAAGGAAGUCAAGAUCCUGGCGCCAAUAACAAUCAAGACCCACUGUUAAACAUGUUAAUGAGACUACAAGAAGCUGCAAACUACAGUGGAAACCAAAGUCAAGACUCGGACAACGCGAGCAUGGAUUCGAAUCUCACCCACGAUAGCUCAAUGGGCAAUGAACUAUAACACAUAUGUGUUAGAUAGAGAUGACGCUACGAUAUAUACAAUAUAUACCAACAUUAGCCUUGAAAUUCAAUAAAUUUGAAUGAUAACAACAUUUAUUUUCAGCAUACCUAAACUCUCGAAUUUAACUUCUUAUAUGAUUUUUUGGCCGAUUUUGUACCAAGCAUAAAAUUUGGCAUCAAGCACAUACUCACGGAAAGUAUCCUACUUAAUAAACUAAAGGGAACUGAUACCUCACGCACCGAAAGAUAAACAAAUUAUUGAUUAAUUUAAUAUACUGUAGAUUAGACCUUUGUAUAAACACAAUAUGACUUGUGAGACACUUACCUGCGUUCUUAAGGGGGUAUUCUUCUUUCCAUAACAUUCUUGUUCCAAUUAUGUAAUAAAAUUUGGUACUUACUUAAUUUUUUAACACAUCGCACUGCUAGUUAAGCGCAAUCUCCGACAGGUCCGUGUGUUCGCCUCCCCGCUUACUACUUCCGCGCCCCGCGUCUAUUCUUGUCUAUGCGUUGCGUAAAUAACAACAGUUAUCGCGCGAGUUGAAUACAGUCCCAGUCCCUACUUCCACACUGUCCGCACGCCUACAGUGUAGUGCUGUGCCGUAGUCGUCGCUCACUUGUUUUUUUUAUAAUAGACUGAUCCGAGUCCAUCAGGUGCCUUUCCAAAAAAUAGAGUUUAUAUUCACCCAAGCACGAAAAAUGGCGAAAAUGUUUUAGACAUAUAUGUUGAAGGCAGGAUAAAUUGAGAUGUAAGUCUAAUGUUAAAAUGAUAUUUUUUUUUUUAAUUUUGUGUAAGUAUAAUGGUAAACUUGAAGCAUUGUAUAAAUUUAUCGACACACUCAUUCAACUUGUGCGUUAUCUGUAACUACGGUUAAUUUAACUGAGAAAUCAAUUAAUAUUUUAAUGCUAUUUUUCUUCUUCAUAUAUGAUCGCCAAGUAUCACGGGCCCUAUCGUUAGUAACUCACCAGUCAUGCCGUAUAUCUUAGUUUUCACUAACGUAAAACAGUUCCUUAUUAACAGGAACAAACUACAUUAGGUCUAACGACAAAGUUUUAUUAUGAGUAUUUAAGUAUUAAAUCAAAAAUAUCUUUUUUAUAACUCGGCAACAUUAAAAUGUGACAUUAAUUAUUCCGUUGAUGAUUUUGUUUCGGUAUUUUGUUAGUGACUAGUGUUGUGAUUGGUUUGGUGACAAUAUUAUAAGGUAAAAACGACGAGUUAAUUUUUUAAAAUAGGUCUAUGCUAUUUAAAUACACUGCUUCUUAUUUUCGUCAUUAUCAAAAUAGUAAGCAGAUUUACCUAUCCAUAUAAUAGGGAUAAGUUCUUGAGUUUCUCAAUGUGCAUUUAAUUACAAAAGUUAACUAUUAUAAGUAUGUAUUAAGCCAAAUAUUUGCCAUAUAUGUACAUUUUUAUAUUUAUUUAUCUAUCGUUAGCUUUGUUUAGUAUUAUUUUAAGUAUAUUUCUGAUAUUACAGAAUAAUUAUCGCUUUAAGUUUAAAGGAAAGGAAUUGCUCUGCAUAUUUGUGAGUCCUGGCAAAUAUUUAAUGCGUGAGUAGCAGCCUUUCUCCUUCUACGAUUCGUUGCAAUUUGACAAUAUUUUUUUAACAUACUUGUUAAAAAGUUAUUACUAAACAACUGUCAUGUUUUGAUUUGUGAAAAUUACUCUACUGCAGUGCCUAAGGCUAUAGUACGUUUAUAGAGCAGACGGAAAAAUGGACAAUGACACACAAUAUUAAGUUGCGAAAAAAAACUGUACACAUUGCUUACUAUAAGUUUAUUUGUAUGGUCAAAAAUGAAUAAUAAGAUACUUAUUCGGAAUUUAAAAAAUUAAGAAUUAUUAUUACCUAUUAUGUAUUGUUCUAGUGCCAAUACGUUUAAGUCUAACUAUAUUGAUAAAAAAACUGUUAUACGGUGCUUCUAGAGGAUCUUCAGCACAUGCAAUCUCUUUUUACUUGGUAUUGGGGCACUUGUUUACACCGCUUCUUAGUACCUAUAUUGCAUGGAGAUCUAAAGAAAGCGAUAUGUCAGCGUAGCGAAACUCGCUAGUAAACGUGCAGUCAUUGAUAGAUUGACAGAUGACAGCUAUAAUCUUGUAAAAGACGGAGAUAUCCGAGCUUCACUACGUUUUAAGCAACUGUUCGCUUUCAAACUUAGACGGAUUAUAUAUCGCCGCCAUAUUAUUGUAAUUAGUAUUUCAAACUUAUGUCAAAUCACUGCACGUUUCAUUCUAAACGAAAUUUUAAUUUUUACGCAGGCACUUAUUACGUAGUAUUUCCAUCCUCUUUGCAAUAUGUAUCCUUUUCAAUACGAAAAAGGUUUGUAAUUGUCUGUUUUUCCAGUCUAGUCUAGAAAUGUACGUAGAUAUAUAUUAUAUCUUUACAUAUUUUCAAUUUUUAACGAAGUAUACAGACAGCGUAUGAAACAAUGCUAUUUAUAAGCAUUGAAGCUUUUACUAUUGUUAUAUUUUUCAAUGUUAGGAUAUUGACACAUUUGUAUAACUACCUAAAAUGUAAUAUAUAAUUAUUAUUAUGAAAAUGUAAUUUUUAUACCAUUUUCAUAUAAAACUCAUGUACCUACCUACCUACUUUAAAGUUAUUUGUAAAUAGUAUAUUAAGUUCUUAAUAUUAUUUUUCUCUAUAUGACUCACUAACUGCUAUUAUGUCAUAUAUCUAUACCUAAGUUCUGUAUAGAGAUGUAACAAUAAUAAGUUUAUGUGUUCGGUAUGGAUUGACUUGUGUGCAUAAAAACGUGAUAUCUCCAAUCUAUGCUUUAUUAUUGUGAAAAUAAACAUUGAAUAUAU